AUGGCAGAAGAGGAAGACAGCAAGGACAACCCUAUUGCAAGCCUGUUCCUGAGCUCCGAGGGCAGCGACGUGUCCAUCAUCUGCGGAGACAGAAUCUUUCCUGCCCACAAGAAAGUCUUGGUCAAACACUCGGCGUACUUUAAAUGUGCCUGCCAUGAAAAGUGGAAGAUCCUAGGGGAAGACAAGAAGAACAUUGUCCUCAAUGACAAGCAGCCAGUGCUGAUUGAGAAGAUGCUCGAGUUUCUCUACACUGGAAGCUACAGUGCCGACACCAUUGGCUUGACCGUUCCCGAUCUGCCUAAUGAACGUCUGAAUACUAUGAUCAAAGAUAUGGAUGAUCCCAACGGAAUCGUUUUCCCUGAUGACGAAAUAUAUGCACCCUGCUUGCACGCCAUGAUGUACGCUCUAGCUGUCUACUAUGAGAUUCCUAAGCUGGAGGAGGAGACCGUCAAGAAUUUCAAGGAGUCAUUUGGGCAGAUCCGCGAUCAGGAAGGGUUCCAGGCCGCAGUGAUCGAAGUGUAUUACUCGACCAAAAAGGAGCGGAAGCUUCGAGACUGCGUGAUUGACAUGGUGCUUCGCAAUCUGGAAUAUCUGUUUCGAAAGGAAGGAGAACCUCAGAUCCUUGACCAGGAGAUUCUGGAUUACGUACCAGAGUUUUGUCGGGACAUUUGCAUCGCGAGUAUGAUGGCGAAUCGAGGAUUUCAGCUCGAAAUGGUCCAGUACGCAUGCACACACAUGCAGAUGAAAGAGAAGGUGGCCAGAGUGGGAAGAGAGAAUACUGCACUGCGAUCUGAGCUUUAUCAGUACAAGAGGAGUGCUGGUGAGUUUGGCAAGUCGGUCACCCGUGACUGAGGAGUUGGUUUCUCGGCGUUCAGUUGCAUGUCACUCUGCUCUUAGUUGUGUUCUACUGCUAUUUACUUAUUGUAGCG